AUGACAGCUUUGCGGUUUGUCAGAUCUGUAAGUCUGGGAGUCCUUUCGGGCUACCUCAGGGUUAGAGCCUCGCUCCGUGUAACUGCUGCACGACCUGGAACUGUCAACUUUGAGCUUGAUAUCCAGAAAGAGCACACGAAUAGACUUAGUAUCCUUCAUGGAGGGACAAUAGCCAGUAUGGUGGACCUUGGCGGCUCCCUAGCCGUCGCUUCUCGAGGCUUGUUUGCGACAGGCGUCUCGACAGAUCUUAAUGUAACUUACCUGAGUUCUGGAGGCAAAGUUGGGGACAAAAUCCAAGCGGAAGUCACUUGCGAUAAGUUUGGGAAAACCCUAGCAUACACAAACAUCAAGUUCAUGAACUCGAAGGGUGAGGUCUUCGCAAGAGGCAGUCAUACAAAGUACAUUGCUCUCGCUUGGAAAGACCCCAAAAACAUUGUUGAGGAACUCGAAGGACGCAAGGAAUCGUAGAAAAAGCGUCCUAAUUUGCCGACUUACACUCUUAGAGUUGAUGAAUCCUCCCAUCACGGCUGAGACGCUCAAUUCAGGAGGCAUAUAUAUACGUAUGGUCCCCAUUUUAGAGAAUCUGAGAACUCUCUCUAGAUCGAAAUGACUCAGGAACACCGCCGUUGUACAUGGGAAGAAUGAACAUCUUGUACAUCUCUCAUAGCCCCGAACUUAUUGACCACGCUUCGGAAUUUACUUCAUUUUAGGGGCCGGGGAAGCGGCAGGCACACGGCGUCGUAAGGCACAUCGCACUGGUUAAGUC